UUAAAAUUAAAAAAUAUUUAAAAAAUAAAAUAAAAUUAGUAUAAAUUAAAUCUGUAUGCACUGUAUUUAAUGUACUGUAGAUAUACUAUGUCCUAAAUAUCAGAACUGGAAACCAAAUUCUUAUAUUUGAGCCUGUAGUUUCCUCCAGAGCUGAUAUUGUGUUUCACAGAUUUCCAGCUGCACGCCGCUCUUGAACUCUGAAUCAGAAAGAGGUCAGAAUGCUCUGAGGACUCGUACCAUCUCAAACAGGCUCUGAAACAAAUCUUCGGUUCACCACAUUUUUCCCGAGAUUACAGCACAUCUGUCAUCCUUAAUUUAUGACAGCGAUGAAUCUUGUCCUUUGGAAGUCCCUCUCUCCGCUCUCCUCCAAACACAAUCAAGCGUGUCCUCCGCAGCGCUUCUCCAAACCGUGGAGUCGCCUGUCAGCUUUGCUUAUGGUGAUGCUGUGGUUAAUACGGCGGCGGUCUCUAUUGAUCUGUCUUGACUUGUUUGCUGUAUGCUCCACAAUAGAGAAGUGCAUAUAUUACAGAGAAAAUAUUCAUAUGCAUAACACAUAUUAACCUGUCUUCUUUUGUUCAUGUUUGGUACAGUUAUGUUUCCAUGAUACAUUUUAGACUGAUCUGAACUUUUAUCUCCAGCUAAACUAUCCAGAACUGAGUGAUGACAGAAGAGUAAUGUUGAAUUUUGCUGGCUGUGGAGAAACAUGUUGCCAUAUGGAAUAUUCCUCCCCCCGCUCUCUAAUUAGACUGUUUGAGUGAACACAGAGCUGCAGAGUGAUUCUGGCACAGUGCGCUUAAUGAUCGUUUCAUGAACUCGUGCCAAAUAAGAGCAGCAUGUUCCAGUGAGAUGCUAUUUUAAAAUUUGAGCUGAAUAUUUCCAAUGAAUGAAUGAAUGGAAGAUAACAUCAUAAUAAUAAUAUAAUUUUUAUUUUUUAUUUUUAUUCUCUUAUUAUAUAACUAUUAUUUAUUUGUUAAUUUAAUUUAGGCCUAUUUUAUUGUCCAGAAUCAUAACUCUGAUAACAUGUCUCAUCAACAAAUCACACAAUCUAAGAUAUUAUUCAUUUUUGUAGCACAGUUAUUCAUCAACGUACAGUUCCAUACACUCUUAGAAGAGAUCGAAACUUUAGAGUUCAAAAAAGAACUUUAAAGUGCAAAUAUAAACUUCUAGCUAUCAAAAAGGUUCAAAGUUGAACUUAAAGGUUCUAUAAUGAUCCACUGGUUAUUUAGCAGUUAUUUUUAGAACCUUUGUUGUGGUAAAAGGUUCAUAUUAGAACCUAGCAUAGUUAAGGUUCUUUCAUGAACCUUUUCUAAGAUGCACUGUAAAGACUAGACUGAGUUCAGUUAGAACACCAUUUGCUUGUUACAUUGGUAAAUUACUAAUUCACAUACUCCGUAUUAAUGAAUUUACUUUUAUUCAGUUACUAAUUGUGAUGUCAGAUGCAGUUCUGGCCUCCGUUGAUACAAGUUGAUACAAUGUGUUUCGUCUUUGCCCCAUGACCACCUCACAUAUGUCUAAAUUGCACAAUAACCUUUAGUUCAGUUUUAUGUUCAUAAAUGAACAAGAAGCUAUUCUGUGUUAAAUUGAGAGGGUGAAGUGAAAUUCUUACCCCCAAAAAUAGACUUUGUUCAGUAGGCUAUCUUCAUAUUUUACAGCUGUACAUCCUUUAAAUUUUCCCCACACCACAUUCAACCUUCAAAUCUCAGAAAGCCUACUAAUUCAGCUCAGAACAUGACAAGUGACAAAAGCGAAUAAUUUUAAAUGAAUCUGGUUGGCAAAACAUCUUUUAGACAUGAUCAGUUUGGGCACAUGUUUAUAUUAUUGAGGAACACCAUUAUGUCAUUCUGUAACACUCCUUCAAAUGUGAAGCAUAUCUAUGUGUUGUGUAAGGUUUCAUCAGCAAGAUUAUUUUUCUUUCUUUCUUUCUUUCUUUAAUUCUUUCUUUCUUUAUUAGUAGCCUAGUUGUUUUACUAUUACUAUUAUUAUCAUUAUUAGGCUAAUGUUAUUGUUAUUAUUAUUAUCAUUAUUACUAUUAUGAUUAUAUUGUUUUGAUUUUGAGAAUAAAAACAAACAGAACAAAAACAUUUAAACCAGGCCGAAGGUUUCUGGGCUUAAUACGCAAGUUGCGUAACGCAACGUAAAGCACUGAAACUGUUUCGCGCAAGAUCAGUGGUCGCGCGGAAAAACCGUUAAACAUUCAAGCACCGGCACUGAGUGGAGCAGCACGCAUAUCUGAGGUAAGACAACAAAACCUUUCAAAUAAACUGACCUUUUUGAAAAGCUAUUAAAAUAACACUUGCGUAAUGUUAUAAUUGUGUGUUACAUGAUGAAUAAAUGACGAGGGGCCACAGAAUGGUAGAAAAAUUAAAAACACACGAUGAUAAUGUGGCCACAAUAUUAAGUCAAUUUACCGGUCCAGAGUUAAUUAUUCCACGUAUACCACGGUUACUACACCUCAAGACCUUUUCUCAGAUGUUGUAUUUCAAGACCUUAGUCUGUUGGUUACCAGAGCACUCGCGUAAUGAUUAUUUUCACCAACAGAGGGCGCUGUGAGCUACAUUGAUUGCUUGGUCACGUGCCGCUACUUCAUUCAUGAAGAACUGAACCUGGACCACAGCAGGGCGUGGAACUAUGAUGUCACUUUGUAGGCAAAAACCCGGAAGCGAGUGCAUUUUAGCACUUCUGGUUCCAUCGUCCCAGAGUCAAUGGGUUUUUUGAGUGGGAUUUUGGUUAAAUCCCUUAAAUAAGGUCAGACAGGCACAAGAUACUGUCACGUUUUAUUCUACGACAUAAAACACACCAGUUAACGUUACACCACACUCGUGAUUUUUUUUAAACUGUUACGUUUCUUAAAAAAGACAGUUGCUAACAAGUUGCUAAAUGGGACUACAGGCGCUGUCGGAGACAUUCAACAUCAUCAUGCCGAACAGUUUAUCAGUUUAGAGUAUUUUCCAGUUGUAGUAUAAUUUGUAAUUCAAUUAAUUGUAGAAUAACCAAUAAAUAGUUUCGCGCAUUUUAUAUUGUUGUUCAACAAUGUUUUUUUGCUUUGCCCCGAAAUGUGACACAAGUCUUCGGAUGGAAGAUGCUCGAAUUUAUCACUUACUGACGUGGAGACUCUGGGUUCAGACCAUAAAGUAAACUCAUACGAUUAUUACAUGUAAACACCACAUUUACCGGCUUUACUUGUGAAAGUGAAACUUUAAUGAUGCAUAGUGCUUAAAGCCACGAUAAAAUUAAAUGUUUACGGCCGCAUGAAGUGCUUUCAAGUUAAGAUUUUCAUUUAUUCACUAUACUAUUUAUUAUUAAUGUCACAUUUCAGCUUUAGUUUGGCUCUAGUUUUGUAUUUAUUCCAGUUUAUAUGAAAAGCUUCAUGUAGCGUGGAUUAAAAUUCAUAUACAGAGUAAAUACGUUUCACUGAACAUGUUAAAAAUAAGUUGCCGGGAGCGUGGUGGUCGUGACGUUGAAGGCGAGCGACCGUGGUGCUGUAGUUCGUUUAUAGCCUAAGUUUAGCUUUUCAGUUCUGGUGCUUUUAUUUAGGCUUCAAAAUUCGUUAAAGUUAUAUUAUUUUGUGAAGAUUAUCUUGAUGGACAAAACGUGUAAGAUUCAUGAACUAUGAUUGAACACAAAGCUUAUUUUUUGCGAUAAUCCAAAAGCCUAUGGAAAAAUCCUAUUGGCUUUUUGUCGAGGAACCAGUUUCAUGCUAACAGCCGAUUCCGCCUACAAAGUGAUGUCAUAGUUCCCCCACUCUAUUAUCGUCAAUUCUCAAAAGAGACACCGUUGACCCUAUCAAGAGACUGAAAUUGAUGGAGACGCUUUAAUGGACCUAAAGGUGCAAUAGGCCUUCAGAAAAAAUGUUUGUUAUUCUGGUUGAAAGUCUCUUCACAUCCUGAUAGCAAUCAAUAAGUUAAGUGGUCUAAAUGUAUUUAUCUGUAUUUAUAUAUUCUGUGGAAGAUGUAGGACCAAGAAAUGUUCGUCCAAUCAAAACAUUCGGUCCGAGCGUUUUAAUUGGCUUUCCUACCUGCCUGUCAACGUAUGUAUUAGCAUACCCUGUGUCAGGUCAGGUGUCCACAUGUUUAGCCGAACUAUAUUGUUAUCUUUGCAAAUCAUUGAGCUGGUUUUACCAUACUAACAUGCACCUUUCUGCAAACUUUUUUGUAGGACUUUCUAUUGAUAUUUCACCUGGAUCAAUCUCAAGACAACAUAUUGCUUGUUUGUAACAACAUAUUGUAGCAAAAAAAAAGACUUGAGAGCAAAGAUUUUUUUUCUUUGACAGGACAAAGCACACAAGAUCAAAAAUAAUGCAAGGUCUGUUUGAUUAGAUGUGCACAUAUACAUGGUAUUUUCCACAAUGCAGUAAGUUUAUAAUUUUAGAGAAUGAUUAGGGUAAAAAUGUUUUUCUCUAUUUUCAGGUAUACAAGAGGCGAACACAACAAGGUGUCUUCAACCCUUGUUACCAAAUACCAUUUCUUGAGAGAAAAGAGUGGCAGAGGAUGUGCUUAAAAACAAAUUUAAAAAAAAGAAAGAUCACCUUUGAUUAAUGUUGAAGAAAUAAAUGAAAUUUGUUGCAGGUUCAGCAAAGUAAGAAAACAGAUCAUUUUACCAGGAGUCCAUCAAAAAUAUGGCAAUCACUGUAGAGAUGGAGGAUCUAUCUGGCCAAGAUUUGUAUCAAAAGAGGCCAAGGUCUCAAUGGUUGUUGCUGUCUUGCUGUUUCCACUUCUAUUAAAGGAGAGUCUGAGAUCUCUUUAUGUCAUCAGUGAGGAACCACAUACACCAAACCCUGUGCUGUUUAUAAAGGGACGUGCCUUGGAUGCAGAGUCUGUUUUAGAAAUAAUGAUGGAAGGGGAGGAGGAGGUCUGUGAAGCAGACGAUGUGAACACAGCUCUACACUUCAUCUUCAACACUGAAUAUGCUUCAAACUGGUGAUCAUGGCAGGCACCGUUCUCCUGGCGUACUACUUCGAAUACACGGACACCUUUCCCGUGCACAUCCAGGGCUUCUUCUGCUUCGACAAGGCGUUCUCCAAACCGUACCCUGGACCGGAGGAGAGCAGCAACGUACCGCCGGUGCUGGUGUACUCUCUGGUAGCUGCUAUCCCCACGAUAACCAUUCUGGCUGGCGAGGUGAUGGUGUUUUUCAUGAGGUCGGAGGGCACGCAGGAGAAGACCAUUAUCACAGCCGACUGCUGUUACUUCAACCCUCUGCUCAGGCGCAUCAUACGCUUCCUAGGUGUCUACACCUUCGGCGUGUUUACCACCACCAUCUUUGCCAAUGCUGGGCAGGUAGUGACAGGAAACCAGACGCCUCACUUCCUGUCAGCAUGCAGGCCAAACUACACAGCAUUGGGCUGCCAUUCCAACCUACAGUACAUCACAGAGCGCAAAGCCUGCACGGGAAACCCUCUCAUAGUAGUAUCUGCACGGAAAUCCUUUCCCUCCAAAGAUGCGGCCCUUAGUGUUUAUUCUGCAGUGUAUACAGUGAUGUACGUGACGUUGGUGUUUAGGACUAAAGGGACGCGUCUGACCAAACCCACACUGAGUCUGACUCUACUGUGUCUGGCCAUGCUGGUCGGUGUGGUCAGAGUGGCUGAAUACCGCAACCACUGGGCUGACGUCCUCGCUGGAUACUUCACCGGCGGAGCCAUCGCUGUCUUUCUGGUGACGUGUGUGAUCAACAACUUCCAGCAGACAAAGCCCCCACCCCCACCGGUGCGACCCCAGCGCCCUGAGUCUGUGCUGGGCAUGCCCAUGGUGGCGCUGCCCUGCGUAGAGAGUCCACUUGAAAAACUCCAAGGGGAUCUCCAUUCACUGAGAUCACAUGACCAUCAGCCUCAUCGGUUCCCCGUCCCCCCCGAUGUCCUCAUACCGUCUCGCUCCAUUUCCAGCGAAGUCUAGACCAGCCGUCUCAGCACGCGCGCCACUGCGCCGCCUACUCCACGGGACGCUCCGCCACUCUGCACCGCUCCUACUCGACGCAGGUCUAGAUUUCCUCACCUCCAACCCCUCAUCCUUCAUAUUCCUCCAUGCUGCCGAUAGGGCCUCCACAAACCGCUCAAACAAACCACGAGAAGCACUUUUAGAGAGCCUGCUUGGAGAUCCCGAACACCUGCAUGAAAGCCAGAAAGCACAGGCAGGCAUCUCUCUUUUGCCAGAGAGUUUGUUUGGACUGUGGGUGGAGGAUUCGCACCUGUUCAGACCUCUCAAAACCAACCCGACCUACUUCCUGGGGAACCGAUGAAGAAGUCUUGAUCAGCUUUUGGCUGAAAUUCAGAACUCUGGCUGCAAUUUUUACUGCAGUGUCAGUUUGUAUGUAAAUACAUGCAGUUUUUUUUUUUUUUUUGACGUUUUGGUUAAAGGCAUGUCUAUUUUGUUCCAUUUUGUUCAUUAGGGUGACCAUACGUCCUCUUUUUCCCAGACGUGUCCUGGACGGGUUUAUAAAUUGCCUAAAGGUCCAGAUUUUGGCUUUGUUUUCCUAUUGUUUUCAUACUUGCUGAAGGUAAGUACUUUGACCAAUAGCAUGCAGGCAUUCUAUAAAAUCGACCAAUCGUGGCAUGCAAGAAGGCAGGAUCUACAGAGAACAUCAAAGCAAUGCAAAUACAUAUACAUAUAAUGUAUGAUGAUAUACCAAUAGGAAAACAAAGCCAAAACCUGGACAUUUUAGGCAAUUUAGAAAUCCCAGCCAGGACAUAUCUGUGAAAAAGUAUGUUCACCCUAGUACUGAUGGAGUUUUUAAGUCACAUUUAUAGUCAUCACAAUGUAUGGUUUUGAAAAAUGACAUACAUAAACUACAUUGAUUUGUUUUUGAGUCAUAUUCACUAUGCACUUGGGACAGUCUCAUCAUCAUCAGCUAUCUGGACAUCCUGUAAGUGCACAUCAAGGAAAAAACUCUAAACUUGGAGACGUUCUUGAUACCAGCUCUUGUAGUAAUGUUUGGAUGCAUCGUAAGGAAUUGAUAGACAGAAUGACAGACAUAAAAAUCAACCACAGCAUUCUUUUUAAUAUUUAUUGUCUGGUUCGUGCUCGCAAGGAUUUUUCCACCAGCUAGAUGUAAUGCACAGUCUGACAUGAAGGCCUUUUCAUUACUGUCUCCCUAGACACAAGGCUUUCAGACAUGAGACAUUCUUAUAGUUUUUCAUCAAAAUAUGGAUUGGAUUUUUCAUUUCUCAGGAGAGAAAAGCAAGAAAAGCACCCCAUGACGUCAACAGAAGAGUAAAGACAGAAUCUGUAUUGUUGUUGGUAUUUCUGUGAAGGUUUUCAAAAAUGGAGGUCAGCUAGUUUAUUUCCUGUAUAGUGAGCAACCCCUUCACAUUCAUAUUACCAUGUGUUACUAGCAGGGUUGUGCAACAUUCAGAAUUGAAUUGAUCCUUGAUUGUAAAUCAAUUUUGAUUUACAGUUCAUGAAUUUGAAUUGAACUUUAACUUGAGGUAGCAUUAAGUAUUGAACAGAUUCAGUAUUAAAGUUUUCAAUGCAAGGAAGUAGAAUUAAAUGACUUGAAAUUUGAAGAAAUUCUGUAUGGUAAGCUUUAACUUGAAAUGAAAGUUUUAUUUAGAUAAACUUUGAAUGUUGGCGUAAAGUCUUUUUUUGGAUAACAGAUGCAACUUUUGUAACUUUAAAGUUUUUUUUAACUCUAAUUUAUUUAUUUUAUUUUAUAGGCACUUUUGUAAAUAAAAAGCUCUUUUCAUAUUCCAGGAAUACCUUUAAGGAGUGUACAUUUACUGUGUUAACAUUUAGUUUGCUUUUUUUUUUUUUUUUUUGUAUUAAUGCACCUUAUUUUUCUUUUUUUGUUAUCUAGAUAUGAAAUUACAUAUAGGCAAUGUUAGAUGUCAUGUUCAGAUUUAUAUUAAGUUAAUAUUUUGUACUAAACUAAACAGAAAUAACAAAAUAGAAAUCAAAAGAUGAUAUAGACAGACAGAUAGAUAGAUAGAUAGAUAGAUAGAUAGAUAGAUAGAUAGAUAGAUAGAUAGAUAGAUUUGAUUUCCUGUGGGGUGUGGCCAAUUCAAUUCUAAAUCACAUUUGUAAAAUGAAAGAGAACCAAUUCUGAAUUUUGCACAACCCUGGUUAGCAAGUUUGUAAAAACCUUUGGCUGUCAUUUUCUAAUGACGAUGUUAUGAAAGGUCCUUGCAAUGAAAUCAUUCCUGCAAACAGCAUAGGAUGCCUGGUAAUGCAGUGGGAUUUUAAAGUUAUUUGAGCUAUUUGAUGACUAGUUAACAUUAAUCAAUAGCCUGCACUGCCUGGGUGAUGAAAGACAAAAAGAAAAGUUGUUUCAAUAGUGAAGCGAGGUUUUCUGUUGGAGGAACAUGCAAUGAUGAAUCAUUCAUAAUAAUGAGCAGGAAAGUGUAUUAAAGGAACAGUUCACCCAAAAAUGAAACUUUCUGAAAAUGUACUCACCCUCAGGCGAUCUAUGAUGUAGAUGUAGGUAUGAACAGAAAUUCAAGAAAUGUGUUCAUGAGUGUAUCCUCUGCAGUGAAUGGGUGCCGUCAGAAUGAGAGUCCAAACUGCUGAUAAAAACAUCACAAUAAUCCAAGUAACCCACAUAACUCCAGUCCAUCAUUAAUGUCUUAUGAAUCGGAAAUCUGCAUGACUGUAAGAAACAAAUGAAUGUUUAAGGCAUUUUAACUUGAAGCUGUUAAUUCCAGCUAAAAUAUGAGUCCUCUAUUCAAAGAAUGGCUUUCUCCAGUGAAAAAGUCUGAAUCAGGAGAGAAAUCUGCACAGAUCAAGCACCGUUUACAAGAGAAAACAGUACAAAACAUUUCUAAAUGAAUGUAUUAGUGGAUUUUGAUGUGAGAGGACAACAGGAGAUUGUUAUUGGCAUUACAGAUUAUUACAGGCAUUAUUAUGGAUUAUGGACUCAUGUUUUGGCCAGAAGCAACAGUUUAAAGUUAAAACACCUUAAUGAUGGAUUUGGUUCUUACAAACACAGCUUUUCACUUCACAAGAUGUUAAUUGAUGGACUGGAGUCGUAGAUGACUUGUGGAUUAUUGUGAUGUUUUUAUCAGCUGUUUGGACUCUCAUUCUGACGGCACCCAUCCACUGCAGAGGAUCCACUGGUGAACAAGCGAUGUAAUGCUACAUUUCUCCAAAUCUGUUGCAACGAAGAAACCAAAGUCAUCCACAUCUUGGAUGGCCUGAGGGCGAGUAAAUUUGAGAAAAUGUUAUUUUCUGGAUAAACUACUCUUUUAAGAAAUUAAAUUGGGGAAAUUUUGAGUAAAUGGUUAAGUGUCUCAGGCAGCUAAAAUAAAGUAAUGGCCACAGAUUCACAUGCUCAUGUUUGAUCAACUAUAAUAGAUUUUGUACACAGAGGAUGUUCGUGAGCGGUAUCAGUCGGCUGUAUGUGCUAUACCAUGCAUAAACCAAGUGUUGUGCACUUCAUAAUUUUAUCAAGCUCUGUUAAAUUUUUUAGAAUGUUUGCUUUAAAUCACAUUUCUUUUCUAACAUAGUGUUUACUUAGACUAAUUGUUUGGUACUGUAAGUAAGCUGUGUAUACAAAUUGUGUGUACUUUAAUCAGAUGUGUAAACGCUCCACCUUGUUGCACUCCAAACGGUUGAAAAUUAAUGUUUGUAACAUUAACUGUGACAUCUAAUCUGUCUGAUGCCCCUCAGCCUUUACAUCCCGGCACCAGGUCCAGCCUCUGCCACAUUCUGUGCUACGUACAGUUACUGUCUCUGUUGUAAGAGCACCAUCUACACAUGCUAAGAAACACCUUCACACCCUGAAAACACUCCAUUAAAGGUGAAGUCUGCAGUUUUUUACCGCUGGGGAAUGGAAUUGCAAUAACAGCAAUGACCUCUGCUAUUGGUCAGACAAGCAGAAAGCCCCACCCCAAACUCAUGCUAUUGAUUGAGCCAAUGCUGUUUUGGGCUGGUCAGGAGGAUUCUCAAAGAAACAGAUCAAGAAAGAGUCCAAGCCAUACACUUUUUGGGCAAAUCAAGCUGCAAAUGGUUUAUUUAUAAUUAUAGAGACUGAAAAAAUUACAUGCUUCACCUUUAAAAAUCUUUUAUCUGUAGCUCUCAGCACUCUUAUUCCUUCUUUCAUACACCCAAAUGAAAAGAUAUUUGUACAGUUUUGCAAACAAGUCUUUUUGUAGUAAAAAAAGAAAAAAAAAAUGACAAGAGUUUUGCACACCAUUCCUGUGCACCGGAUUAAUUUGUUACAUUGGUGAUUUUCAUUUAUAUACACCCAAUGAGUCAUUGAUCUGUGUUUUGGGUAAUUAAAUAAAGUAAAAGCGUGACAUGC